CAAUGCCCCCUUCAAAGCCCUCUCCUUCUCCCCCGCCGCCGCCCCAGACGCCCACUGCCUCUUCUCCCUCUUUCUUUCUCCCGAUUCUUCACUCUGUAAUAAUUAUCAAAUUAAGAAAGAAAUUAAAUUAAAAGAAGGAAUGGAGAAGGGGCAAAGAAAUGGGGCUCCCGAACCGACUCCACGACGCCUCCAGCGACUCCAUACCGAUCCUUCUCGUCGUGGCGGCCGCCGGGUGGGUCUCCUACCUCCGCUCCCUCCUCCUCUGCCUCCUCCACUCCCUCGGCCUCCAACGCCUCCACCCCUCCUCCGCCGCGGCCGACGAUCCCCUCUUCUCCGCUGCCGGGUCCGGCCUCGCCGGACUCGUCGUCGUGGCCUCCUCCGGACGCCCCUUCGCCUACGAGGCCUUGCCGUCGGCGGCCACGGAGGGGGAACGAGAUGAGCCGGGCUGCGUGGUGUGCCUCUGCGAGCUCGCCGACGGCGACCGGCUUCGGCGGCUGGAUUUGAGUAACAGGUUCAUGAAGGCACUGCACCUCUUUAAAGUGAUGCAACUGGAGAAGAGUGCAAAGCCCAUUGGGUUGGUGGAUGAAGGGUGCAGGGUUGUUGGAAGAGGCAGAAGGGAUCGUCAGAAGCAUGACAAUGAAGCCAGAUGUGAUGGUAUUGGGUGCCUUCUUGGUGCUUGUAGGAUUCACAUAGAGAUCAGAAUUGCAGAUAAAGUGAGAAGUCAAGUUCUCAAACUAGAGCAUCAUCAAUCUGGUUGCUGUAUUCUGCCAUCUAAUAUCUGUGCUGCUGCCAGUAGAUGGGAUGAUGCCUCAAAAUAUGAGGAUUUUAUUGAAGCAUAGUGACAUCAGGACUGAACCAGUCUAGUUCGGUUGAAUUAGAUGGAGUUGCUUAUCAGUUUGUUGCAGGAGAUUGUUCCAAUCCAGAGGCCAGCAUGAUAUAUUCCUGGCUAGAUGAAAUCGGGAGAAAGCUAAGACAUGAAGGAUUUUCCCAGUGACUGAAGAUGUUCUGUUAGAUUUAGGCGAUGAAGAUAAAGAGACUUGGCUUUUGAGGUACAAUGAGAAGCUUGCUUUAGCAUUUGCCUUGCUAAGGGCUGUACUUCUGUCAACAAUAAGAAGUGUGAAGAACCUACGGUUAUGUGGGGACUGCGACUGCCAUUUAUUUAUAAAGCAUGUGUCAAAAUUACAUGCACAACAAAUUCUUGUGAGAUAUCAGAUGAAGAUCCAUUUUCACCAUUUCAAGGGUGGCCUUUGUUCAUUCAAGGAUUAUUGGUGAUAUUAAAGCAUUGCUGAAACCCAUAUUUUCUCACAUAGGUUGCAAUAAAUUUCAAAGAUUGUAUUUGGUGGUGCCAACUGCUGCUAGAUGACUGCAUUGUGCUUGAAGUUUAAGAUGCUCUUUUAGCCAGCAGAAGGAACCUUACCAAGAUGCAAUAAAUUCAAUAGUUUCUGCUGAUCUUUCAUCAAAUAGUUUACUACAGACAGAUAAUCAGCUUGAACAGGUGAAGGAUUUUCCUUGGUACCUCAUCUCAAGAAAGCUGUCAGCAUCUUUAAGAUGUCUUUGAGAGAUCUAUGGUUCCUGAGAACAUGGUGAGCAAUGAGGUCUCGAGGAGAGUGUGUCAGUUGCUCAUAUUUUGAGGGGGAAAUGAUAAUAUUCUACCUCAUGUUUGGUCACCUUCCGUCCAUCGUGGAUGUUGAUAUGGAUUAAUGGUGGUAAGCCAUUCCAGUACAAGUUUUUUUUUUUUUUUUUUUUUUGGUGGCUUGAUUACUUCAUCUCUUGUUAAUAAAUAUGCAAGUGGCUAAGCAGAUUUUUACUGGAGUUGAGAGGGAAGCUUAACUGAUGAAUAAUGCUUCCAGUGUUGAUUGCUUUUGGGCUACUGUUUUAUGUUAUUGCUUUGCUGUUUAAAAGUCAGCAAAAGACAAACUAUUCCUAGAA